UUUUUCUCUGUGCAUGCAAAUCGAGUUAGAAGUGCUUUUCGCACUCGAUUUUCCCUAUUCCUCUAGGCAGAAAUAAUAUUCGAGGCUUAGAACUGAUUUGAUUUAGUCGGAUGUUUCCGACGUAGUGGAAACGUGAUCGAGAGAAAACGCGAGCGAUAAAAAGAGCGAUCGGAAAAAUAGAUGCCAUUAAAGGAGCGCGCGCGCACCGCUUCGACCGAUCGAACGACCGCCGGCCGCGGUGGAGGGGUCGUCGCCGCGGAAAAUCAACUCUCUUCUUGGCAGAAACGGAAUGGCCAGCCCACGGGUGGCAGCGUCGCCGGCGGCACGAUAGACUCUUCCGCUUUUUUGACAGAUGCGAGCGUCAGUGCCGCGUGACGCGUCGAGUGAGAAAAUCGAUACUGUUUACGACAGACAUUCGCGGAUUAAGAAGAUUUCGGCGAAUAUAAAAACAACUGAACAAAAUUACGCAGUACGAGUUUCCAGGUGACCUAGUGACACUGUGACACGUGAGGAAGGAUGUUCAAUUCGAUACUGCUGCUUUGGGCGUUGGUCGGUCUAAUUGGCCGAGUGCAUGGCAAAUGCAGCUUAGCCCCGAUCGCCGACAACGAACGGUCGAUCGCCUACGUGUGUAUCCACGGCGACCUGAGCGAUCUCGACGAACUGUCCGACGAGGCCGAGUGGAUCGAGUUCUCGGUGUCGCGCUUCAACGUGAUCCCUAACGAUGCGUUUCUCCGAUUCCCGAAUCUCCGUCGCUUGUCGUUCUACAAUUGUCACGUGAACGUCAUCGAACCCGCCGCGUUUCGCGGCCUGCAUCGACUCGACUGGCUGACAUUCCACGGCACGAGGAUCCACGCGGCAAGAGCCGCGUGGUUCCGCCACCUACCGAAUCUCAGACGAUUGAUCUUGGACAGAUGUGGUUUGGUGCACAUCGAGCCCGAUGUUUUCCGUACAUUACCGCGAGUGGAGAUUCUAGAUCUGCGCGAUAAUGACCUCGAUUGUCUCUCGGUGGAGGAGCUGUCGCAUCUGACGAUGCUCAGGACCGUGCGCAUCGAUGGCAACCCGUGGUUAUGCGAGUGUCGACUGAGAAUGGAGAAGUUUUUCCACGACAGAUCGAUCGUUCAGGAGGUCGAAUGCCGAGUUCGACCGAAGAUUUGCACCGUGUACAAAAUUCCGCAAUGCAUGACGCAGAUCGACAUCCCGCUCCCAUCUCCGAUGAUAACCAUCGAGCCGAUAAGCAGUCACGAGGAACGUCCCAGUAAUCGCUUCCAGACGAGCGCGCUGACGUCGCUGGACCGCCUCCCAGACACGACCACUUGGCUGGAGAUCACGGGGUUGGAGAUCGAUCGUAUACCCGCGUACGCGUUCUUCCGCUUCGGCAACAGCCUCCGCGGCCUGGAACUUCGCGAUUGCUCGAUCGGGGCGAUCGAGCCGGGUGCGUUUGCCGGUCUACAUCAGCUGCAACGGCUGACACUCGUCGACAACCGGCUGCCCGCCGUCGCCGCUCAUUGGUUCGACGAUCUCGUCGCGCUGCGCCGAUUGGUGCUCGCCCGCAACGGCAUCACGCGCGUCGAGACAGGCGCGUUCCGUCCAUUGGCCGGCAGCCUGCGCCAUCUGGACGUGCGAUACAAUCGACUGCGCUGCCUGUCGGUCAACGAGCUGGCGCACCUGGAGCACCUUAAGCGGCUCGACGCCAUCGGUAAUCCGUGGUACUGCGAGUGCCACAGGAAUCUGCAAAAGUUCCUUGUCGAUCAUAAUGUGGGAUUCGAGAUUACCGAUAGGUGCUACGACGAGGACGAAAUCAUCGUCGAGCCGACCGAUGGGGAGCAGCAUCCACACAUCGAGACAACUACCGGCCAGGUGCGCUGGAUCUCCUUCGAUCAAACUCUGUAUGACAAAAAUAUAACCAUAGUAAGACCAACGAUCGAGAUAUCCACGGAGAAACCGCCGUUUCACAGAGGUACUUGCACGCAAGAUAGGACGCAAACAUCGCAGCAAGUUUUUACUUGCAGCGGCAUUAUCUCGCUGAAGGAAUUAGACGUUAUACCUGAUUCAGCCCACACUAUCCGCAUCACCCUUUCGACCCUGAAGACGAUCCCGACUCGAGCGUUCGCCCGCUUCAACGGCUGGCUGUCCAGGCUGGAAUUACGCGACUGCGAUAUCGAAACGAUCGAUUAUCGCGCCUUCAUCGAUUUGUACAACUUAAACUACCUGUCGUUGCAUAACAAUCAAUUGAAAUCGGUGACAUCCGAAGCGUUGGAAGGCCUGACGAAUCUGCGACACUUGGAUCUCUCGCGAAAUCACAUUUACCGGAUCACCAACGAGGUGUUUGAUAUAUUGCCGCGAUUGUAUAGCCUCGACAUCUCCGAGAACAACAUGAACUGCUUCGGCGUGGAACAUAUGGCAGAUAAAGCGCCGCAUCUAUAUUCUCUCAAGGUGUCGGGCAAUCCGUGGAGUUGCCUGUGCGGUUCCAAGCUGGUCAGUUUCUUGGAUUCCCGUAGGAUACCGUACAAUCGUGAGACUCUGAUCAACGCGGACGAUUGCUACAUCACCGGAAUGCCUGGAAUCCCACCCACAACGACGGUGACCACCUCGAAAACGACCACGACCGAGCCACCCUCGAUAGAUAUUUACGACGAGAAAAUUCAGGGUUCUUGCACCAAACUUCUCGACUCCCCGCAACCGCGGUAUCGUUGCGUCGGCGGCAAUCUGUCAUUGCUGAAGAGUAUAUCGCACAAUGCUGUCGCCAUCGAGUUCCACGAGGGACAUCUUCCUCGUCUUCCAGUCGGCUCUCUUUACAAUUUUCGAAAAUUGCAGGAACUCAUCAUCAGGAACAGCGACCUCAGGACAAUCGAGCCCGGCGCUUUCAGGGGUCUAGACUCCCUAGAGCGGCUCACCAUCCAGGAUAAUCCGUUGACGUCGAUCGAGGCGGAGUGGUUCAACAUAGAGAAUCUCGAGCGAUUGGAUUUGCGCGGUAACUCGAUCCGCUACAUCGCGCCAGGCGCCUUUCAUUACUUGAACAAGCUUGUCUACUUGAAUCUCGAGGGCAACGAUCUGCACUGCAUCUUCACCAGCGAUUUGCAGAGCAUGCAGCAUCUGCACAUCGUCGAAUUCGCCGGCAAUCCGCUCAAGUGGCGUUGCCGCAUGGAUCUGGAGCAGUUUCUCGAAACGCGGAAGAUCAAAUUCGUCCGGGUGGAGAACUCAUGCGAGGGUAAGAAGAUCAUGAGGAACCUUUUGUACGAGAAUCGGACCGCCGAGUCUCUGGAAUGCCCACCUGGCUGCUCGUCAGCGAACAAAAUCGAGCGGGGAAAGAGUUUAACAUUGUUUAUAACGUUUACAUUAUUCUUCACAAUAAUGAAUGCAUUAACUCCUUUCGCGUAAAGGUAAGAAUUUUAAGUGUAAAAUAGCCUUCGAAAUAUAUUAGAGUCCUCCGAUUUAUGGCGAUUAUUUUCACCAUAAUAUUCCACAAUCUUUUUUAAACUCGUACUGAUGCAAAAUACUUAGAAGAAAAUUAGUUUGCAAUAUUUAUUGAUAGUUUUUUUUUAUACGAAAAGAGGUAAAUAGUAAAAUAAUUAGAUCUUCAAGAUUUCGUAAAGUACAGUUAAAAAUAUAAUGUAAAAAUGAAUUAUGGAAUAAUUAAUUUUUCAUCACAAUAAAAAGAGUGAUUAAAGACUUUUUAAAUUAAUUUAUAUUUGUUAUUUACAAAUGUGGCUAUAAUUAUAUCUAGAAUAUUUAGCUAAUAAAAAAGAAACAUAUUCGAUCUUAUUCUGCUAUAAAUUGAAAAUUACGCGCUGAGUAAUUUAUCAAACCAAGAAAUGUUUUGAUAGUAUAUGCACAUGGAAUGAAGAAGUUGGCGAUUGAUAAAGUUUCUUGAAAGGAAAGUAUUUUUACAAGAAAGUAGAGAGAGAUUGAAAUGUGGUAUUGUUAAUGUUGUCAAUGCAAUGUGUUCAUACAUGAAAACGCUUAAACUAAUAAAUAUAUAUAUAUUUAUUUAAUGCGCGAAUGCACAUAUAUUUAAAUUUAAUCUUUCUAGAAUCUCUUUAAUAUUGUAUAUUGGAUAUAAUACCGUACGUAGGAUAACGCUUCUCGAUCUCUAGUUAGAUUGUUAGAUUGCUUAGACUGUUAAUACUUGUUUGUCGCAUAUGACACGGUUUGAUUGGAGUUGUUGUUAUUAAAUGCAUCACGAUGAGAAUAUAUAAUAUAAAACAUCAA